AUGAAGUCUGGGCAGCUAGAUCAACCCUCGCAGAGCAUGGACUCUCCCAGUCGGAAGACAGAUGGUUUUGCUUCUCGAACCACGACGUCCAUGGAGUCAAAUAGACACGACGAGUGCCAGUCUACCGAGGCCAUAGAGUCGCUUAGCAGCAAAGCGGAUUCAGACUUCCAUCAACAGCUCACGGAUUCCGAGAAGCUAGACCAAGGCCCACUGGCUGAGAUUCUGGAUCUGCCCACAACUGCCUUUGUUUCGAUAACGAAGUCUUCAAAGAAAUCGGAGAAACAUGAUGAAUACCCACCAACCAAAGCUAUGGAGCCAAUCGACAGCGAACCGGAUUCAUCGUCUCUGAAUCUACUGCUCAAGGAUUGUGAAGAUUCAGACCAAAGCCUGUUGGCUGAGAGUGUAGACUCCUCUAUCAGCAAUACAACUGCCUCUACUUCUCUUACAUAUCUCCAGGACCACGGCAUCUCGCUUGUGGAGUAUGGUGAGCAGUUGGACGUGCGAUUGGGGUACCCAGCUAUGGUUAAUACUAUAGAAUGGGCGGUGCCCGAUGAACAACUGUCGCUCGCAUCCAAGACUGUUGCAGAGAAUGAGCUUUUCCCUUUGGAAGGAUAUUCGGCGCAACUAGCAAGUAUUGUGGGGGAAUGGGAAACCACAGGCUUCAUUCAUAGUGUUCUUGAUGGCAACAGACUGUCACCGCGUAUACGACUUUACCCUCUCUCCUUUGUGGGCCUCAAGCUCCAAGACUCCUAUGAAGCUACGUUGUGCUUCGGUUCGCAGCUGAAGGCCUGGGUCCCUAAGCCCGAAAACGAGUAUAACGAGAGUUCAAACACUCAUUACGGCUCUGGUGCCUACCGACCCAUAAAAAUCGUAAAAAAGCAGCCCCCGGCGAGGGUCGAACUCGCAACUUCCAGCUUAGAAGGCUGGCACGCUACCAUUGCGUCACGGGGGCCUCAUACUGCCGAGCAAAAAUCGGAGGCGCUCACGUUGCCAAUGUGA